UCUGAGCAGCUGGACGCGGACCGGGACCCUGCAGGAGUUCACCCACCACCACAGCACAGGACAUGGAGCCCGACGCAGGAGUCGUGUCCGCCGCCUGGGAAAGCUUCGAGACGAGGCUGGGCGAGCAGGCCAAGUACAUGCCCAGGCACGAACAAGCAGCAACGUUGUACCAGAACAUCAGUCUGACAGAGCCCAGGCUGAUUCCUCAGUAUGAGAAAGUCAUUGGUAACUUCAUCAAAGAGAUCAAACAACAGAAUUCAGAGAUGGACAACCUGGCACUCGCCAUCAAACGAGCACAGGACCAAGCAUCAAUGCAGCUCAGUGAGAUGGAGGAGGAGAUGGACCAACGUAUUCAUGCCGCAGAGAGAAAAACACGGGAGCAGGAAAAGAAGAGAGCAGAGGCUGGGCUGAAUGAAUUACAAAGAAACUAUGAAACUGAUGUGUAUGAGCUGCAGUGUAAACUCCAGAGGAUGCAGAUGAUCGAGGAGAAGUAUAAGAACAUCACUGUGAAAGAUGAGAGCCCAGCUUUGAAGAAGAAGAUCAAUGAGCUGACGCUGGAGAACCAGAGGUUAAAACAGGAGCUGCUGAAGUCUCAGACGGAAGUCGCCUGCCUGCAGAGUGAUAUGGACUCGUUGAAGACAGAACUUACCGAUCAAAGCAUGAACUCAGAACGAGACGAGGAGCUCAUGCAACACUUCUCUGACGAGCGAGACAUCUUGGAGAGUCAGAUCGAGAUUCUGCAAACAGCCAACAGGAAACUCAAUGACUCCAACGACGGCCUGCGGACUGCUCUGGAGAAGAUCAAGUCUCCUGGUGGUGGCUCACCAGUGGGAGCUAGAGACAGAAGAAGUAAAAGCAUCUGCUACACAUCACCAUUUUCUUUAAUUGACAGGAUAGGCCAGCGUUUAGAUGAAUCCCCCCUGUACAGCCGCCGGCCCGGCUGCGAUAGCUUGGCCCUGGCCAUGUGUGACCCCGGCCUGAGACGCAGAAACAGCAGCGAUUGUGAAGACGACAGUCUGCCCGAAGUCUACAUGGACAGCGGCCUGUCGACGCUCAGAGGGUCUCAUGGAAGCUAUGACUCAGAGCAUGAAGGCAAAGGUCAAGAAGAGGAAGAGGAAGAGGAUGAGAAGGAGACGAGUGAUAAGAUGGGGGAGAAUGACACCAAUGACAGCAUGAUGGGAGAAAACUCUGACACUGAGGCAACAGAAACGCUGGACGGUGAAUCAGCAAUCGGAUCAGACAGCAGCUCCAUUUUGGACUGGAAGCCGACUGAGUCGGUUAAUGUCACCACACCGCUCGCCCCAACUAUGAAAAAAGCCCUCAGUGCCAUCAGUGUUCAAGAUGAGGACAGGGACAGUGUUGAUCUGGGCUACAUGACUUCAGAGAAGGCCUACAGGAUCGUGUUAGCUGGAGAUGCCGCUGUGGGAAAAUCCAGCUUCCUGCUUCGCCUCUGCAAGAAUGAGUUCAAACUAGCCUCAAGUGCAACUCUGGGAGUGGACUUCCACAUGAAGACACUUGUUGUGGACGGAACGCCUGUUUUAUUACAACUGUGGGACACUGCAGGACAGGAGAGGUUUCGCAGCAUUGCUAAGUCUUAUUUCCGGCGUGCGGACGGCGUGUUGCUGUUGUACGAUGUCAGCAGUGAGAAGAGCUUCCUUAAUGUCCGGGAAUGGGUGGACAUGAUUGAGGAUGUUUCCCAUGAUAAUGUUCCCAUCAUGCUUGUGGCUAAUAAGUGUGAUCUGAGACAAAGUUCAGUCAAAUGUGUUCCUACCAGUUAUGGAGAAAAACUAGCCAUGACCUACAGUACUCUGUUCUGCGAAACCAGUGCCAAAGAUGGCACAAACAUCUUGGAAGCUGUGCUGCACCUGGCCAGGUUGGUAACAAGGUAUUCUUCCUUCGAGGAGAAAAAUCGCUGUCAGUCGCUGAUGAAAUUAAAUUCUCAGAGGAAGAAACCGAAUUUCUCCUGCUGCACCUGAUCAAACUCAUCAGAGCUGGAAAAGCUCUGCAAAAGGAUCAAAUCACCUGUCCGAAUAAUAAAACAGUCUCACGUUUAGAGGACAUGAGCAAACAAGAGAUUCAGAAACUUGUCUUCAGAAUGUUUAAGUAUAAACUUAAUGCUACAUGAAUGCUAUGUUUAAAUGUUGUCAUAAGCUAUUACACAUAUUUUACAAGGAUUCGUGUAAGUUAUUUGAUAUCAUUCAUACACUUUGCUAGACUUGCACUUUCAUGCUGCAAAGGUAAUGUAAGGUAAUCAUGAAGAGAGAACGACACCUGUGAAAGUCUUACAAAAUGUGAGAGAUGGUUUUUAAAGGGAAGUAUAUAGUCUUUAAGUGACAUUUGUAUGUUAUGUUCGGAAAUGAAAGCUCAUGAUGAAGGACACAAAGUUAUGUAAUCAUGUGGUCGUGAUGAGAAAAGAAGACAAAUGAGGAAAGAUUAUUUUCUUGUAUGUUGUGAGGUGGAGCACUUCCGAGAGUCCCGUUAUUUAAAGUGCAUGUUCUGGUUUGAAACGGCACCUGCAGCGUGUUGGUGUUUGAAAAGGAGGCAGGAGUUAGACGUUAUUGAAAGUGAAGAGGAUCGAUUGCCAAAACAGAGACUGAGAGUCAUGGAAGAGGUUGAAGCGUUAAACGCUCCUCCUCAUCUUUGUUCAUGUAUAAUAACUCCAGAUGCAAAGUCUUUAUCAUAAUACCAAAACAGUGUUACAUUUAUUUAACUUUUUUUUUCAAGGAUUGAUAGAUAGCACAUAAUUUCAGUCUCCACAAUGACUGAAAAAAAAUGUCAUCAUCUGUCAUUACUAAUGAAUAUUAUGUCUGCUUAAUCCCUCUUUUUUUACCCGUCUGAUACAGUGCAUGAUUGUAAUUCUACUUAAUUUAGGAUUUAACUUCAGAAGUUGUUUCUACUGUUGGUAUAAAAGUGUUCUAAUCAAUCUUGACAAUGAUGCUGUAUUGUCUGCAGGAUUUACCUGAUGAAAGGCAUUGAAACUGUCAAUGAAAUUAAAUAAAAUGAUU